UUGCGCACUCUGUGCUCAACUUAUUGAACUAACAUGGGCUGUUUGCGUCUUGUAUCAUUGUCAUAAUGUUUUUGUAUUGCUGGAUAAAUUAGUCAUGGGAGACCACAUUUCUGAUGCCUCUGAUGAUAACCUAUUCAAUAUAACUGGGCAGUGUAAAUCAUGUAUCGUAGAAGUUCCAAAUUCAGAACUGUUAACACUUAUAAUGAAAUGCGUAAAUUUUGCGGCAAUAAAACAUAAGGAUCAAAGAAGAAAAGACCCUGCAGAAACACCGUACAUAAAUCAUCCUAUAGGUGUUGCAAAUAUUUUGAUUGAAGAAGGUAACAUUUAUGAUCCAGCUGUAAUUUUGGCAGCUCUUUUACAUGAUACUGUGGAAGACACAGAUGUAACAUUUGAUCUAUUAGAAGCUCAAUUUGGUAAAGAAGUAUCUGAUAUUGUUAAAGAAGUAACAGAUGAUAAGAGCUUAUCAAAAGCAGAACGUAAAAGAUUACAAAUAGAAAAUGCUCCUAAGCGAAGUUAUAAAGCUAAAUUAGUUACUUUAGCAGAUAAAUUACAUAAUUUAAGAGAUCUUGAAAAAACUGUACCAAAAGGAUGGACACAAGAAAGAGUAAAAGAAUAUUACAAGUGGGCCAAGGCUGUGAUAGAUGGAUGUCGUAAGACUAAUUUUAAACUAGAAAGAGAAUUAGAUUUAAUAUAUGCCAAGCGAAUAGCUAAGGAGAGGGAAAUAUGUGGAUGUAAAAAAAUUUCUAUAUCAGACUUUCUAUAAUCCAGUAAUUGAUACAUUGAAAAUUUAUUCAACAAGUAUAAAAGAGGAAAAUGUAUCUUUCUAAAAUUGAAAACAAUGUGCAACAAUAUAAUGAAUGUUAUUAAAUACCAACUUUCCUAAUAUUUGAAUAAUCAUAAAGAAAACGAUAUAAAAAAUAUAAAUGUCUGUAUACAAAGCUUGCAAAAAUAUUAUAUAUGUGGUGCAUAUGUAGCUACAGACUAUUUUUUAUAAAAUAUAUUUAUUAAGAUUCCCUAUA